ACACUCACUCAACUCACGCUUGUUAUAUUGGAUUUUCCGGUUGAAGUGUGAGUGUGUGCACCCGAAUUGUUAGCGGAAACAUGAUGGCUACGUAUUUGCGAGUACCCGCAGUUCCCACUUCGAUUCCCACUUCAUCUUCUUCCUCAAACUCUCAACAAUCCCUUCCUUCCAGAAGAAGAUGCAGAAAUCUCAGGUCAUUUUGCUCCGUUAACGCUACAAGAGCCAAAAUUCCCACACCCCAUCUCAACCCUAAUGACCCCUUUCUCUCCAAGCUCGCUUCCGUCGCCGCCUCUUCCCCCGAAAUGCUCCUCAACCGCCCCGUCAACUCCGAUACCCCUCCUUAUCUCGAUAUCUUCGAUUCGCCAACUCUCAUGGCUACUCCCGCUCAAGUGGAGAGGUCUGUUUCAUACAACGAACACCGGCCCAGAAGGCCACCGCCUGACCUGCCUUCCCUGCUUCUCCAUGGUAGAAUUGUUUACAUUGGAAUGCCUUUGGUGCCGGCUGUUACAGAGCUUAUUGUUGCAGAGUUGAUGUACCUGCAGUGGAUGGAUCCUAAAGAACCGAUAUAUAUUUACAUAAAUUCCACUGGGACUACACGAGAUGAUGGAGAAACGGUAGGGAUGGAGACAGAAGGUUUUGCCAUCUAUGAUGCAAUGAUGCAGUUAAAAAAUGAGAUACACACAGUGGCAGUUGGAGCUGCUAUAGGUCAAGCCUGUCUGUUACUUGCAGCAGGGACUCAGGGUAAACGCUUUAUGAUGCCACAUGCAAAAGCCAUGAUUCAGCAGCCCCGUAUUCCAUCAUCUGGGUUAAUGCCUGCGAGUGAUGUUCUUAUUCGUGCAAAGGAGGUGAUAAUAAACAGGGACACUCUGGUUAAGCUACUUUCCAAACACACAGGAAAUGCAGAGGAAACAGUAGCUAACGUGAUGAAGAGACCGUAUUAUAUGGAUUCAACAAGGGCUAAGGAAUUUGGGGUCAUUGACAAAAUUCUUUGGCGUGGCCAGGAGAAAGUUAUGGCUGAUGUUGCUGCUCCAGAGGAAUGGGACAAGGGUGCUGGCAUUAAAGUUGUGGAUGGAUUUUAGCUCCUCUUUUAUGGAUAUAUCUCUUGUCAAUGUCAUAUCUUUAGAGCGCUGGUACCAUGUAAAAGAAUGGUUGUCUAUGGGUCCUAGAAAUGCUCCAUAGCUAAUCACUGAAAUAUGAACUGCAGAGUGAUGCAGAUUUUCCUUACAAUGGAAAAAAAAAGCUAGAGUGAUAGUUCAUCCAUGUGGGGGUAUAUACUAUGUAGUGUUUGGUUCGGAUAAUUAGUCAACCAUUGAUUUCGCACCGGCUCCUUACAUAGGAAUUGAUAUUUUCUCUUACACAAUCUAAUGACAGAAUACAUGGACAGUUUGUAAUCUUAGUUUUAAUGUCUAUCAAUCAGAGAUGAGCUAAAAGUUUAUCACUGCAAA